UGGGUGCAGCUUGAGAUGGGGAAGCAGGGGAUCCAGUACCAGACGGUGCGCUACGACGUCCUCCCCCUCUCUCCUGCCUCACGGAACCGGCUCAACCAGGUGAAGAGGAAGAUACUGGUCCUCGACCUGGAUGAGACAUUGAUUCACUCCCACCAUGAUGGGGUGCUGCGACCCACAGUGCGGCCAGGGACGCCUCCUGACUUUAUCCUCAAGGUUGUAAUAGACAAACACCCCGUCCGCUUUUUUGUACAUAAGAGGCCGCACGUGGAUUUCUUCCUAGAAGUGGUGAGCCAAUGGUACGAGCUGGUGGUGUUUACAGCCAGCAUGGAGAUCUAUGGCUCUGCCGUGGCCGACAAGUUGGACAAUAACCGGAGUAUCCUAGGGAGGAGGUAUUACCGGCAGCACUGCACUUUGGAGCUGGGAAGCUACAUUAAGGACCUCUCAGUCGUACAUAGCGACCUGUCCAGCAUUGUCAUCCUGGACAACUCACCAGGCGCCUACAGAAGUCAUCCAGACAAUGCCAUCCCCAUCAAGUCAUGGUUCAGUGACCCAAGCGACACCGCGCUGCUCAACCUGCUGCCCAUGCUGGACGCCUUGAGAUUCACAGCUGAUGUGCGAUCGGUGCUAAGCCGGAACCUCCAUCAGCACCGCCUCUGGUGAUGUCAACACCUCCUUUCUUCCGGCGUUGGCCCGUGACCGCCGCCUUAUCCCACCGCUGCCACCGCCACUCCCCAUUCUCCUGCAAUGUGGACUCCGCAACUGUUGGUGAACUCUGGAGAGCAGAGUGGAGGGCCAGGGGAUGUUAAUGCAACACCCCUCCAUUUCCCCACCAACAAACAACCCCCUUUUCCCCCCAGAAAUGGGCGGGGACUGACUUGGAGGGGGAUGGAGCGUAUCUGGCAGCUGGACAAAGAAAGGGGGUGUGAAAUUUCUGGAGCUGGAUGGACAUGUCUGAUCAGGCUGGGUCUGGUUUUACAAGACCCUUUCGGCCUUGUACAAAGACCACCUUCUUUCUUUUAGUUUAUUUUUUUCGUUCUGUUCUUCCCUCUCUGUGUCCUGGGCUGAACAGGAGCCUGCCUUUCACUGGCUCCCUUUUGAGUUUAGCAACCUGAAGCCAUCUGAUUGUUUUGGUCCACUCCCUAGGGGUGGGUCUUUGCUCUGGGAUCUGUUCCCCAGGGGUGACCUUCUCUGUUUUUCUCAGACUCUGGGGGAAAUGAAAACCCAGGAGACAAAUUAUAGCCGCUAAGCAAGGCCAGAAAUGGA